UGUCAAGUUAGCGAACCGAAGAUAUUAAAUAAGGUUCGAGUACAUUGGCAUCGACUGCCCAGGCAGCAAAGAAAAGCAAAGACGCAGUUCAAGAUUCAGCUGGACACUUGGAAGAGUUUAAGAAUUGAAGCACAAAAAAAAGAAGAGAAACAAGAACCCCACCAAAAACCCCGCCGUGCGCUUGUGUGUGUGUGUGCCAUUCAAAUUUCCCUGCAACUGGGAUAUAGCGUAGGACCAGUGAGCAAACAAGUUCGAGAGAGCGACAGACAAAAGACCGUGCACUGGGCACCUGAAGGCAGACAGUUGGCAACGAAUCAGGAGAGCAGGAUCAGCGGGCACAGGAUCACCGGAGCAGGCAAAGGAAAUACCCGGCACACAGCACAGCCACUGAGAGCGACGUGAACCAAUGGGCACCAAUUCGGGAGCCACCGCUGGCAUUAACAACAAGCCGGUUGGCGGUGCAACAGGAGCCGGCGUCCUUGUAGGCGGCGGUGUGGGCGGUGCCAACUCCUCGAUCGGCGGUGUCCUGUCGAACAGCUUGGGCGGUGGCGGCAGCGGCGGUCUGAGCAUCAGCGGCCUCAACGCUGGUGGACAGAACGCGAAUGUGGGCGGAAUGGGCAACGUUGGCGGCGACGACGGCGGCAACGGGAUGGUGGGCGGCGGUGUAAAUAACCAGCAGGCCACCACGCCCCAAUACACAAUACCGGGCAUCUUGCACUUCAUCCAGCACGAGUGGUCGCGCUUCGAGCUGGAGCGAUCACAGUGGGACGUGGACAGGGCCGAAUUGCAGGCUCGCAUCGCAAUGCUGCUUGGAGAGCGCAAGUGCUUGGAAAGCCUCAAAUCGGAUUUGACGCGUCGCAUCAAGAUGCUGGAGUACGCGCUGCGCCAGGAGCGUGCGAAGUUCUAUCGUUUAAAAUACGGUACCGAUCCGCCGCAGCUGAAUGAGUUCAAGCCGUCGAACGAGGACGCCGGACUGGCCGGUGAGGUGGCCACUGAUUCGGAGGUGCCCUACAGCAGUGUCUCGAACACUACGUGGCGGCAGGGGCGUCAGAUGCUGCGACAGUAUCUGGCCGAGAUUGGCUACACAGACAACAUCAUCGAUGUGCGUUCAAAUCGGGUGCGUUCGAUCCUUGGCCUGAACAACAAUGCCGAGCACGACGGCAGCGGCGGAGGUCUGGGUGGUGGACUUGGCGGCGGCACCGGCGGCGAGAACCUUAGCCCAAACAUCAAUGGAAACGAGAGCAACAAACGGGCAUCGGAGACGGAAGGCCGUCAUACUCCCGCUAAAAAAGUGCAACAAUCGAUCGAUGAAAUAAUCGUGGACACCGAGGCGGCUGUGAUGGCGAACUUUGAGUUCCUGGGCGCCACCGAGAUGUCCGACGACGACGAGAUAUCUGACGAUCUGGAGAUGGUGGCCACCGACAAUGACGACACGGACGUAAAGCUGGCCAAGCGCGCCAAGUCUGGCAAGGAUAUGCUCACCGAGGAGGUGGACGGCUCGUUGGGACUGGGUGAGCUUGCCCAGCUGACGGUGAAUAACGAAUCUGAUGGCGCCUACGAUGCGAACUCCAAGGAUGGAACUGGCGGCAGUGCCGGCGGUGCUGGUUACCGCAAAACCUGGAACGCCAAGUACACGCUUCGCUCGCACUUUGACGGAGUACGAUCACUUAUCUUUCACCCAGAGGAGCCGGUGCUGAUCACGGCUUCCGAGGAUCAUACGCUUAAGCUGUGGAAUCUUCAGAAAACGGUGCAGGCCAAAAAGUCGGCCAGCUUGGACGUGGAACCGCUGUAUACGUUCAGGGCCCAUACGGGCCCAGUUCUGUGCCUGGGCAUGUCGUCCAGCGGCGAGACAUGCUAUUCGGGCGGCCUCGACGGCAACAUUGAAUGCUGGCAAUUGCCGUCGCCGAACAUCGAUCCGUACGAUUGCUAUGAUCCGAACGUGCAUUCCGGCACGCUCGAGGGGCAUACGGAUGCCGUGUGGGGCCUUACCACCAUGCAAAGCAACAUUGUGUCAUGCUCAGCGGACGGAACGGUUAAGCUGUGGUCGCCGUACAAUAAGGAACCGCUGCUGCGCACAUACACAGCCUCCGAGGCAGAGGGUGCACCCUCGUCCGUUGACUUUGUUCGCAAUGAGGUGGACCACAUCGUGGUGGCCUACAACAGUGCCCACUGCAUCGUGUACGAUACGGAGACGGGCAAGCAGGUGGUGCGCCUGGAGGCGGCGCAGGAGAUGUCUGGCAACACGGGGAAGUUUAUCAACAAGGUGGUGUCACAUCCAACGCUCCCCAUUACGAUAACCGCGCACGAGGAUCGUCACAUACGCUUCUGGGACAACACAUCCGGCACGCUGGUACACUCCAUGGUGGCGCAUUUAGAGCCGGUCACCUCGCUGGCCGUCGAUGCACACGGACUGUAUUUGCUAUCCGGCUCGCACGACUGCUCGAUACGGCUGUGGAACCUGGACAAUAAGACGUGCGUGCAGGAGAUCACAGCGCAUCGCAAGAAGUUUGACGAGAGCAUAUUCGAUGUGGCCUUCCAUGCCACAAAGCCGUACAUUGCUAGUGCCGGGGCCGAUGGCCUCGCCAAGGUCUUUGUCUAAGAGGGACGAGGCGAGACGGGACAGACAGACCCACAUCUCCCUGGCGGCGUCGGAUCGAACGAAUUCAGAAUUCGGAAUCCAGAGUGCAUAUGCAGCGUGCAGAUGCAGAAUCCACAGCCAGCAACUCACAGCUAAGCGAUUGCGAGUUCGAGUUAAAUAAUUAUACAUACAUUAUAAAUAUACUAUACAUAUAAAUCUAAUUAUACUUCAACCGAGAACAACAACCAAUUAUAUGCAUACAACAAUAAGAAAGGGAAGAGAGAACAUAAACAUACAAAUAAUUGCUAAAACAAAAAAUUAAAUAAAUUCAAAAUGAGAAACGGCAUUUCGAGCAGAGCAAACAGAGUCAAGUAAAUGUAACAGACGAGAGUCGCGUAAUCUAGUAACGUAAUUCUAAAGCAAUGCAUAAUAAUACGGCAAAUAACCACAAAUAUGUGCAACACACGGACAUUAUGUAUUUGUUCAAAAUAACACCGUAGCAAUGAAAAAGUUUGAUCUUGUCGUGGAUCGCCAGUUGGCGGGAUCAACCCAAGAUCGAUCCUCUUUUCGGUUCUAGUUUUAAAAAGCACUUGCACAGCGAUUGUUCUUAACCAAGUUUGCCUAUAUAAAUCAGUCAGACUUCCUGUACAUUUUAUAUACAUACACAAACCACACACAUCUAUAUAUAUAAAUUGAAACUUAUUCUAUGCCCAUGGCAAAUCUUGAAAGUGGAGCGUCUGGCCGGACACCUUCAUAGGCACUCUCGCUGUGCAAGUGCCAGGAUACGCACGCAUCCUUCGCUGGCAAGUGUGUUGAAACAUUUACGUAACGAUUAAAAACGAUGUAGACGAUCAAAUUCUGUAGACUAAGCAAGGGCAUAUACAUACAUAUAGCCAAACCAUAUAACCCGACCCCAUAUUAGCGAAAGAGCGAGAAAAAAUUGUAAAUUAACACUAAUUAGAGGACAGUCGAGGUGAGACUUUGAUGAAGGCGGCCGGGUUUAUAUAUGCAGGUAGCAAGUCAAAACACACACACGAAAAUUGAAUUGAACAAUUGGUGGUACAUGCAGACGGCUUAUAUAAUUUCAACUGUCAUUACCAGGGGAGUACGCAAUGCUUGAUGGGAUGAACCACGACCAUGUGAGGAUGAGAUAUAAA